AGUAAGAGAGAGACGUGAAUCAAACUAGCAACGAGACUGCUCAUUUAAACUGUAUGAAAGGCAGAUGGAAUGCGCUCUCGGGAGCGUCUUUCUCUGCCUCUCGUGGUAAACUUUGGACUCUGUGUGGGGACUCGUUGACCGUGACAGGUUGUAAAGAAGGAAUUCCAUCACUAUUUUUAAAGUCACACGCGGAUCUGGGGGUGUGGAGGGCUCGAGCACAGACCAUUUGGCUCGUGGAACACCACAUUGAAAGUGAUUUAGGCUAUGUGGAUUGUUUUACCGCUCUACCUGCUUGCAGUGCCCGAGUAUACCCAAAACAUUUGGACACAACACGGUCCGUGCGGUCGCGCUCAUUGGUACGGGAUUACUUUGAUUUCAAAUUAUAUUUUCUGUCAAUUUCCCUCAGUGGAAAAGCCUACGGCAACACUUUCUAAUCCGACUGCCUGGAACAAUUCUUUGUUUUAACUAAUCAUUUUCUCUGUGCCUAAAGCUAUUGUUUAUGGUGACCACUUGUGAGCCAGGCAUGUCAAUAUGGGCGAGUAACAUCGAUGGCGAAAUGACAUCGAGGAUUUAACAGCUGUCACCGUAGCCACUGAAAUCAUAUCCUGCAAAUUUUGGCAGGUGGAUAUCAGCCUACUUCUUUUCACUGACCCUUUUCAACAGACGGGUUCAUUGGAUAUAGCACAGGGAUCUUCCAUAUUCCCUAAAAUAAAUAAUAGGAUUUUGAACUGCAUACAGUUUAUUGGGAUUGAGUCAUGGAUUACAACACUUGCAUUGUCCUUUCUUCGUGUGUUCCGGAAGCUUAGACCGCAUUAUUUGCGAACAGAUUUGGCGAUUUUAAUUUGCAUUUAACAAUGAGAUUUAAAAUCCGUUUGGGGAAGUAAUUUUUGGUUAAGUCUUCUGUUCUGCAUUCUCUACAUUACUUACAACACCCAAACAUGACAAGCACCGGACCUGUUAUCGUGUUUGAGUGGCUGAAGACCCUCCAGCUCUCUCAGUAUGUGGAGUCCUUCGUGGAUAACGGCUACGAUGAUCUGGAAGUUUGCAAACAAAUUGGGGACCCCGACCUGGAUGCUAUCGGUGUCUACAUACCGCACCACCGGCAACGGAUCCACGACGCGGUGCAAAGGCUGAAAGACGAGGAUAAGGAAACGGCGGCGGGGCUGUAUUUUACGCUUGAGCCGAUGCCCCCCGCGUCCGAAAUGUAUGCCAGCCAUCUGGUGGACCAGUACGAGUCCAAACUGCGGUCUUCCAAGUCUUGGACCGAACCGAACAGUGACCGGGUGGGGAGAAAUGGGGGCGCGUAUCUGGGCGCACAGAGGAACCUGACGCUUGGCAAGCGGAGGGAGUUGGUGAUUUACCCCAAACUGAAGCUGAAGAUCAUGAUUAGAGAUAAACUAAUCAAAGAUGGAGUCAACCUCGCCAGGCCGCCGUACUCAAACAAGGAUGGUUCUCUGGGGAACAUUGAUGACCUGGCCCAGGAGUACUCAGAGUACUGCAACACCUCCUUCAGUGACGUCAGCGACCGCAUGGAGGAGCUACGCAAGAGACGUGUGUCCCAGGAUCUCGACAUGGAGAAUGUUGACACAAGCUCCACCUCCCUGCAGCUUCGCUCAGAGAUCCAAGAGUCCCUUGGCUUCAGCAGUGAAGUGUCCACCCCAGAGACAGAGAGAAAGAUGUCUCUGCACAAGUCCAGCUCUGAAGAUGGAGCUAAAUGGGACAAUAAGAAGAAGAACAAAUCCUUCUGGCAGAAUUUUCGCAAGACGUCGCAGAAGGGAGUCAUGCGGCAGAUGUCGAAAGGAGAGGACAUAGGCUAUGUGGCCAGUGAGAUCACCAUGAGUGACGAAGAGCGCAUCCAGCUGAUGAUGAUGGUGAAGGAGAAGAUGAUCACUGUUGAAGAGGCUUUAGCUCGGCUGAAGGAGUAUGAGAGCCACAGCAGACAGUCCAGCAGUACUGACACUGCAGAGUGGACUGACGGAUCCAGUCCCAAUCUUAACCAGUCCUCUAACUGCAACUCUCGGGAGCAGUCUGAUGAUGAGCAGUCGGAGGACUCUUUGAAGUUCAAACGGCUCCACAAGCUGGUCAACUCUACCCGCCGAGUCAGGAAGAAACUCAUCAAGGUGGAAGAGGGGAAGAAAGCCGUCUCCGAAGAUUCUUUGAGACUGGAGGUGUCUUCUACCUGUGAGGACAACACAGCCCUGUACACAGGGGUCCUGAAGAAGUCCAGCCUGCCCCAGGAUGCCUCCCUGUCCUCCCUGACCCAGGACCAGCUAUCUCUGGACGGGGACACAGACAGCCUGACCACCUCUCCUUCCUCCAGCAGCCUGGACACCACCUGGUCUGGACACAAGCUGGUCAAGACCUUCUCUAAGUCCAGCAGCACCCACGGCCUCAUCCGGCCCCCCAGGAGAGUCCCUGCUGGGUCUGGGGGUCUGGGGACCGUGGGGGUGGGAGGUAGUGGAUCCUCCUUCUCGGAGCUGGAUGGCUGUGGAGCAGAGGAUGAAGAGAAGGUGUCGUGCUCCAUGACGGAGGGCGAGAUGCGGAAAGCUCUGACCUCUCUCUCCCACGGGGUAAGUAACAACACACUCUAUGGCUUCUACGGCCUCACCCGGCCACGCCCCAACCCACACCCCCAGCCCCACCUCCUCGUUGCCCUCGACGACGUCUCCCAGAGUAGCCCCAAACCUGCCCGUCACCAUGCCAACUGGCUCAGGAAGCCCGACCCCAAUUACGCCUACUCCACCAAACACCUGCUCUACCAGCGCUCCCGGAACUAUGCUAAACCACCUGGGGUGCCCUCCUCCUGCCCCUCCCCCUUGGCCCCUGCCCGCUGUGACCUAGCCAAGGCUAAGGGUGGUACGCUGGGUGGAGGGGGGGGUGGGGGCUGGGCGUUCCCCCCUCGCAGACUCCGCGGCCGGACGGCGGUGAGCGAGCUGAACAUCACAUACGUGGUAGAGCGCAGCCUCUACGGCCACCUCAACUGGGCCCAGCUGGUCCGACCAGUCACCCUCAGCCGCGCAGAGCGCCGCUGCCUAUUGGAGGAGGACAGGGAGGCGGACAGGAAGUGGGCAGCCAGCGUGGACCGCUGCACCAAGCGCGUGCUCUUACGCAUCCAGCAGAAGUCUAGGACGUGUAGUUUCGGAGGGUUUGACCUGUCCAACCGGUCGCUCCAUGUGGUCAGUGCAGGCUCAGAGCCCAAUAGUAAGAAUCCAGAGGCUGUAUACCGGGAGGUAGUCAAGUCUCCCACGACGUCUCGUAUCUCUCUGGGAAAGAAGGUCAAGUCUGUAAAAGAGACCAUGAGGAAACGCAUGUCCAAGAAGUACAGCAGCUCACUGUCUGAACAGUCGAGCCCAGACGGUGCUCCCAGCUCCCCCCAGUCCCCCCAGCCAGACACAGAUUCUCUGGAGAAACCCAAACUGAAGGCUGGAGGAUCAGUGGAGAGCCUCCGGAGCUCCCUCAGCGGACAGAGCUCCAUGAGUGGUCAGACAGUCAGCACCACAGACUCGUCAGCCAGUAACAGAGAGAGUGUGAAGUCUGAGGAUGGAGAUGACGAGGAGCCUCCCUACAGAGGGCCCUUCUGUGGCAGAGCACGAGUGCACACUGACUUCACGCCUAGCCCCUAUGAUUCAGACUCCCUCAAACUAAAGAGAGGGGAUGUGAUUGACAUCAUCAGUAAGCCCCCCAUGGGGACGUGGAUGGGCCUGCUCAACAACAAGGUGGGCACCUUUAAGUUCAUCUACGUGGACGUGCUGAGUGAGGAGGAGGAGAAGCCCAAGAGACCCGUCAGGAGGAGGAGGAAGGGCAGACCUCCCAAACCCACCUCUGUAGAGGAGCUGCUGGAACGCAUCAACCUCAAGGAGCACAUGCCUACCUUCUUGUUUAAUGGCUACGAGGACCUGGACACCUUCAAGCUGCUGGAGGAGGAGGAUCUAGAUGAGCUCAACAUCAGAGACCCUCAACACAGAGCUGUGUUGCUCACCGCUGUGGAGCUACUGCAGGAGUAUGACAGCAGCAGCGACCCGGAGCGUAGCGGCCUGUCAGGCUCUCAGGAGAAGCUGCUGUCAGAGGGCCACAGCCUGGUGGGCGACUCGCCACGUGACUCUGGCUGCUACGAAAGCAAUGAGAACCUGGAUAAUGGCAAGAGCAGGAAGACAUCUCGCUCCAUCCACUCCUCCGCGGGCCUCCAGUCCCCAGACUACCCCACCCUUCCCAUGACCCAGUCCACUGAGGCACUGCAGCAGAGCAAGAUGGAGCGCACAGUCAACUUCACCAAGCACUUCUUCCUCAAGCCCACCUUGAGGGGCUUCAGCAUGCUGGGGCUGAGGAAGGGCCCCCGCCAGACCCCCAUGCCGGCCAGUCUCAGCUGUGAGGACCUGGACGGGCCACCGGAGGCCACCGGCCCCCAGGCCUGGAAGAGAUCUCACUCCCUGGGGGACCUCCACUGGGAACAGGCCUUCGACCAGAAGAAGGACCACAGCCUGGAGGCCAAGCCCGCUAAUGGUGGCUCCAAGUUGGGCACCAGCAGCCCGGUGAAGGGCCUCCAGGCUCAUGGAGAUGGGGGUUCACCACCGGCUCAGAAUUGGGGGAGUGCUGUGAGCCCUAAAUGGCAUUCUGACCUCCCCCAUGUACCUUCCCAGCUGCCCCUCAGACCACCCUGUCCCAUCACCUUGCUCCCCCAGCCCCGGGAGAGCCUGCCCAACCCGAUCUCCAGCCCUCCUGAACCCCAGCUGGGGGAGAGGAGCAUCCGGACUCACCCCAAAAAGCCCCCAGUGCCCCCUCCCGUUCCAAUCAAGAAGUCCAAGGAGCGCCUAGCCAAUGGGAUGCGCCACCCCUCUCUGGUCCUCUCCUCCCCCACUCAUUCCUAUACCUCCACCCCCACCAACUCUCAUCCCCCCAGCCCUGUCAUCAGCAACCCCAGUCCCAGGGCUCCAGCCCUCCCCAGUAAGGCCUCUAGUACCCCUGCCUCCCCCUCUCCAGCCAGCCCUACUCCAGCCUCCCCUGCCUCCACCGCCACUGCCUCUCCAGAGCCAGAGGAACCAGGCACCCCCCCAGCCGUGCCCCCUCCCUGGCUGUCUGACCUGCCCGAGUCGGCCUGCCCUCAGGCUCAGAUCCAGGGGGGUGGUGGCAAGAUGACGGUGGCCAGGAAGGUGUCCCAUGUUAAGAUGGCCGUCGAUCUCCACAAUGUGCUGGAGCAGAGACUGGAGGCCGAGGGCAUUGACCUCACAGAGGAACCCUACUCAGACAAGCAUGGUCGGUGUGGUAUCCCCCAGCCCCUUGUGCAGCGCUACAGUGAAGACCUGGAGCAGCCAGUGAAAGAUGUGGCCCGCGCAAUAGACCAGGUCCGCGUCAAGCAGCUCCGCAAGCAGCACCGCAUGGCUAUCCCGUUUGGAGGUUUAACAGAGAUGUGCAGGAAGCCUCUCUCCCCGGGUCACGUGAGCACCGUCUCUGAUUGGCUGGUGUCCAUCGGCCUGCCCAUGUACGCCACGCCCCUGGAGAAGGCAGGAUAUGACACGUUGGGGCAUGUGUCAUCUCUCACGGAGAGCGGCGUGUGGGAGGCGGGGGUGCGGGACGAGAGGCAUGCCCGUAGACUGGUCAGCGAAGCCCGAUUGGUCAGCGCACCCAGAGACGCACAGUCGUAACUGUGACAGUGGAACCAAUGCAGGUGAAACUAGGACAGUUGAACGGCUAUGUCAUGGCUGUCUGCUCAGUUGACAAAGUUGAGACUGAAGCACAGUUGCAAAUAAAUGCAGAACGGAAUAACUGUGCAAGUGACCACGGCACAGCUUUCAACACCUAUUGAGGAUUUUGACUGGACGGGUUGUAGUUGCAGCCCAGUCCAAACCUGAGACUUAGGAGCAGAAAACCUGUUCUUAUUCCCCCAUGUCUUUAUCGAUCUAUUUCUCUUUCUAUUCCUCUCUUUCAGAUGUUUACGGUGAGACUGUUCAGACUGCCGUGAACAGUUAUCAGAUGCCUUUAAAACUGACUGUAGACUCUCUCUCUCUCUGAGUGGGACUGUUUCCAUUCUGAAACAUCCUCCCCAGUCUUAUAACACAAGACUGAGACGUACUGCCUUUAAGGAAAAUAGCACACUUUUUUUUUUUAGGUUUGACUUUUUAUAAAGGUAUAAAAGACUGUUUAUCAAUGUUUUGACCUGUGUUUAAUAAGUGCUUAAUUUUAAUCUCUUGUGCGAGACAAAAGCACUGGAGCGUAAUAAGAAUAUGUAGCUUGGCCAAAGCAAUUUCUUUCAAUGUGCGUUUCACCUUUGUUGUUAAUCCCAUUGCCAAAUGCUAUAGCAAGACUUUGGAGAAUGGGUUUUCUUGCAGUUAAUCAACUAAAACAUAACACAAAACAUGAAAUAAGUAAACAAUGCUGUUGUAUUGGGAUUUAAAAUCCUUAUUUUCUAUCAUACUAUAGUGUUUUUGUAAUAUACCGUACCAUAUAUUCUAAUUUCAAGGUGUUUUUACAGUAUGUGUUCAAUAAGUAUUUGUUUGUCUGCUUUGUGGAAUGUCAAGGUCUGAAAUGUCUUCAGGCCAUCUCAGUUAAUGUAAGAGACAGUCAGACAGAUGUCGACAUCAGUUUAUAGGUCAGAUUAUAUUGCAGACUUCAAAACAUAUCUUGGUUGCAUGUAAUCCUCCAAUAUGUAGGUCCUUACAGCAAGGCUCUCUACACAGUACCGCUCUAAUAAUCUUCCAUGGGAGAUCAGCUUUUCUUUGCAGACAAUAUCUUCUCCAUAUAUCUAAACAAGCUCAUUUUAAGUUGCCUUACCAUUAUGUAAAGAAAACAGUUAGAUAAAUAUCUAUUCAUGUACUCAGCAUUAUAAAUUGGCAUUUCAACCCCUAUCUACAUUCUCUUUGACUAAGGCUUGAUUGUGUCAAAGCCUCACCAGGCCUAUAUGUUUUGAAUGUGCAAAGGCUUGUAAUGACGGUGAUUGUUAGUAGCAGACACACACACACACACACACACACACACACACACACACGAUUAGCUGCCGGCAGAUGUAUGAGAUCAAAGUGAUAAUUCUGUAUGUACACACACACAUUAGCAGCCACAUAGCUCAAUAGGUGUUUUUCUUGUUAAGCACAGAUGUUAAUCCACAGGAAGUCUGAUUUAAACAGUGUCCCAUGUUCAACAGCCAGCCACAGCACCACGUUCUAAGAGAGAGACACAGUCAGGGAGGACAGAUGAGAAUGGGAGAUGGUCACCUCACCUCUGUAGGAAUCUACUGAAUCCCCAUUCACUGAAAAAGCAGACCAGACCUGUGAGUCCCUUGUAGUGGAUUCCUAGUCCAAGCUUGGUGUGAGUGGAUCCACCCACGUAAUGUCAUUCUAGUUGUGUGAAGUACUUCAUAUUGCAAUCAAUUAUCCCUAGCUCUCGGGUUUAAAAAAAUAUAAGUUUGACACAGUGGUGUAACAUAGGUGGAUGCUUUUGCAGUGGACACUCGAUAGAAGUUUGAUGCCUUUUCUCUUCAAUCAUAGUGGUGCUUCAGGUUUGUACUGGUAGGGGGAGUUUUUCAAGAAACAAAAAUACCUAACAUUGAAGAUGUUUUUUGUAAAGAAAAAAUAUUGUCACUGUAAAAUGCACUUUAGAAAGUAAAUUAUAAAAUACACGCAAAAUUAGUAAAGUUGUCAUUAAGUCCAUAAGCGGAAUUUGUUUUCAGGUAAGGUAAAGGGUUUGAAUGGGUUAUACUGGUAUAUAGUUUUCUUAGUAUUGAGUUCCCAAUGCCAAGUCAAUGUACAAAUGUAAUUAAUAAUCAUUCAUGAAUUAACCUGUUCCAAUGACUUAACUUCCAAUUUGUUUUUGCAGUCUUACAAAAAAUCGUAAUUACAUAAAUGAAAUGAUUAACAAGAGUUGCACAUUCUUUAUAUGUAAUUUGGUAUUUAAAUAACUUAUUUUUGGGGCUUUUCAUAUCAACUGUAAUAAUUAGCUGUACUAUACAAAUAGCAAUACCUUCCUGCAUAUUGCUUUAGUUAGUGAAAAGCUACAGUGUGUAUUGUAAAAUAUAAGUGUACAAAUGAUUUUAUUUGGUUUCAACUAGCUAAUGAUUGUCUAUAAAGAUUUGCUUGUGUAUUGAAACAAAAAAAGUGUCAAACUAUUUGUCAUUCUGAAAUAUAAUAAAAACUCUUUCUUGCCA